CAAAGAAACUGUCUAAACGUACGUUCAUCCCAGCAUGCGAAAGAGAAGAGUUCCGCUUGUCAGCACCAAAGCAGUCAUCACGCUAAGCAGGGAGUAGUAGCUGUACCAUAAUAUUCCCUCUCGUUGGCCUUUCCAUCUCCCUCUCUCUUCUGCAUUUCUGCUUUUCUUCAUUCCCAAACCCGGAAACUUGCCUCCCAAGCAACUGUGCUAUCACCAAAACCUUUAUUUUUCCCAUAGGCGCCACUCCAUACACUCUCCAUGGACCUCUCCUCCUCUCUUCCAGAACCACAGCGACGGCUGCGGACUCAUGAUCAUCAACAAUUCAGUUACCAAUCAACCCAAGCUCUUUAUUACUACCAACAAAGCCAACAACAGCAACAACCUUAUGCCCAUAAUCGUCCUUCUGGUUACGCCUAUCAUCAAGUGCCCCCGGAGGUAGUUUCGGUUAAUGCCGCCCCGCAAAUUGCGGAUUCUGGUGGGGGAAUGGCUCAGGUGGGACCGAACCCGUUGGCCUCGGCAAAAGUGGUUGCCCUGUCGCAGCUGACGCAAUUCGAGGGCACUGCAACGGCUGUAAUGCAGGCCAACUUUGGGGCGGCGCUGCUGCACCUUGGACCGACUUUAGUACCUACGCCGCCGGCUGGUGGGUCUCCAUAAAAUAGUGGUGGUAGAAGAGGCAGUAGAUCCUUCAGAGGUCAUGGCAGGGGAUAUAACG